AUGAAUUCAUCAGAAGAGAUGAUUCUGAUGCUCAUACUUUGUUGUCUUGUUUCAUCCACUUCCCAUGCUUCCCCUCUGCAAAAUUUCUGCAAGGCAGACCUCAACGGUCCAAACAGCCCUGCUGGCUAUAACUGCCUCCCUUAUGAUGCAGUAACAGCUGCAGACUUCAAGUACAGUUUUAAUGGAGCACCAAGCAUUGCAGUCCCAUCCAACACUGUACUAUUCCCUGCAUCUGUUACUGAGGUUCCUAUUCUCAAUGGUCUUGGCAUUUCUGGAGGAUGUGUAGAGAUCGAGGAAGGUGGAAUUGUUCCGGUGCACGAUCAUGCUGCCACUGAAAUACUAUUAGUGCAACAAGGUGAAAUCACCGUUGGACUCUUUACACCUCGGAAAGCUUAUCAAAAUACACUCCAACAGGGAGAUCUCGUGGUUUUUCCAGAAGGACUGCGCCAUUAUCUUAUCAAUUCCGGUACCGGGAAAGCCACUGCUUUCGCCGCUUUUAGUAGCGCUAACCCUCGUUUCCGUUUUCUUCCAAUAGAACUCUCUGCCAACGACGUCCCUAGCGCCAUCAUUGCCCGAACCACCUUCCUUGAUGAACCCCAAGUCAGGAAGCUCAAGGCUUUUUUCAAUGGCACCGGCUAG